CCAAGGACAGAAGAAAAGGAGAGACUGGGAAUGAGGAGGAAGACAGAGGGAGAGGAAAGUCGUGAGCCCAGGGAAGGGAGCUUUGAGUUGGAGGGGAGUCUGCAAGGUCGAUGAGGACCCCAUGCUUUGCCAGGGCCCCUGGCCAGCUGCCAGCUGCCAGAUCACAGGGCCAGUGCCCCACCCCCAGGAACCUCCCCCACUUUCAAUCUGGGAGCUGUUUCUACUUGUAGGAGAAUGUGGUCUCUGGACAUCCCUGGAAACCGAGGCUCCAGGCCCCGCUACAGCCCUGCCUCAGCUCCCGUUACCAGGAAACUGGGGGGAAGGCAUUUCCUGCCUGGAGGUCUUGGCAGCUCCCACUGCCAUGGAGACCAGCGUGGAAGCUGGGAGGGCCUCCGUCUCCUCCCACUGCGCUGCCCCAGCCAGCGGGAGGAAGAGGAGGCCAAGGGCCUGGACAACUGCAGGGGCCCAGCCCCAAGGAUGGCCAAGUAGGGGCCUCAGCCUGGGCCCACCUACCCAUCACCCACGGAUCCACCCCCACACACUAUACCUCCCAGCAGGGCCUGAACCCUGAAUAGAUCUCAGCCCCAGGCCCUUCCUUAGCUGGAAGUCGGAGUAUCAAAGCCCCCACAUCAGCCAUGUUUAUCACGGUGAUGUUUGGAGCUGGCUGCCGGGAGCUGGUGAACCCGUGGUGCAGCCUGGUGACUCUCACUGCCCACCUACGGCAGAGGGGGCGGGUGCCUCCAGAUGGUGAGGGGCAAGGAGGGGUGAUGAGGUGGGGGGCCCAGGGCUGCAGACAUGGGUACCAGCCCUGCCCUGCCUCCCUCCCUGCCCUCCCAGCAACCAUCGCCCUCCUGGCUGAGGAUGGGCACCUGGUGAGUCUGGGCAGUGACCUGGAGGAGGGGACUUCCCAGGCCCCCUCCUCCGGCAGCCCCCUGCUGCAGGAGCGUGGGACCUAUGUCCUCGUGCAGAUCAUCAACGGGGAGGGCGGGGCCCCCACUCGCUAUGAGUCCCUCCUGGAGAACCUGGAUGACCGGUGUCCAGAGCUGGCAGGUGAGUGUCAUGGCAGAGCCCUGGGGUGGGGAAGUAGCAUCUUCUUCCAGCCCCGACAGGCAGGGCUUCCUGGGCCUUGCAGAGGCGCUGCGCCGGCUGUCGGGCCUACCCCCCCUGGGCAACAGCCGGAGGAGACGUACUGGCACUCGUACCGGCACUCGGCGUGGCCACCAGGACCAAGGCCCUCCUUCGAGGUCCCAAAGGCUGGGCUCCCUGCUGUCCAGGCCCCGCUAGCGGGGGCCAGAAGCCAGGUAAGGAAGAGACAUGGAUACCUGGGGGGACAUUCACACCCAAAAGUGGGACCCUUUCCCACGAGACAGACAUGUACUGAGAGAGGUGAACAGGCCCCCAAUCUCAACCUCCAUCACUACACACAUUUGCCUGAAAGACUGAACACACUGUACCCAGAGGCGGGCACUCUCCACCCCACUGGAGUGUAAGUACCCAAGGGCAAGAACAUCCUCCGUGCCCAGGAGACGUGGCAUCGGGCCUGGCAUUCAGUAAAUGCCCGAGGCAGAGCUGCCAAAUGAAUUCCCAGAAGGCAACAGCACAGCACGUGUGAUGGGGCUUGUGAUAGACUUGUGCUCCGCUGUUCCAGCAGCCCCGUGACGAGGUGCACCACAACCCAGUGGCCCAGCUGGACUCAGAUCCAAAGGGGCUGGCCGUGACCUCUGCCUUGUGUGAUCAGGCCCAGACAGACAGCAGCCCAGCAGCAUUCCUCUUACGAAACCUGGAAUUACUGAGUUGUAUCAGCAAGAGGAGCAAGGUCACAGACAGGCUGUGAGGCUGCUGGGGGGGCGACCCCUCCGAUGUGGGUGCAGAGGCAAGAAAGGUGGAGGGGCAGGCAUCCCUGGGAGAGUAGACAACUGGGAAUUCCAGCUCCCAGAGCCGGACGCCUUUUAGGUCACCUGCUAAUGCCUCACUGCCCGCUCUGACGGCUCCAGGCUGUGGGAUUACCACAGGGCUCCUCUCUUCCCCCCCAGGAGGCAGCUCGGUGACUCAUCCACCCCACCUCUUCCACCACCGUGCUCCCGGCAGACAGGCCAGUGAGACGGCACACAGCAGGCUCUGGUCUAAGAUAAACUUUUAAUUGCACAUUUGUGUCUCUGGUCAUCUAUGGGGUGAGGAACCCACAAAAA